GGCGGGAAUUCAGAAGCGCUCGUUUGCACCGCAGAAACCGCGUCCCAGGCCAGCGGGCGAGAGCAUUCUCCGCCACCGCUGGCGCAGGCAGCCGCCUCUGACGCUGGCCGGCCUGCUCGCCUGGUGGGCCCGGAAGCUAUGGGGCUGUCGCACCGCGUGACGCUGCCGUUGCUUUUCCUGGCGGUGGGAGGGUGCCCGCGGGUCUCCUGGUCGCUGGUCUGGUACACAGCCUGGGUGAGCACGGUGUACACCGAGCCGGGCACCAACCGCACGGUGCGCGAUAGCGCGGAAAGCGGGCGCUACGGGAAUAGCUCGCCCAAGGAGAGCGCGCAGGGCCUAGUGGGCAUCCCCUGCGGCGGAACAGCUCGCCACAUGGAGGGCUGCGACCCGAAGGUGGAGUACGAGAUCCCCAUGCCGCCCGGGGGCUCCUCGGGAGAAAAGGGGGCGGGAGCGCCCUUCUCGCCGCCUCGGUCCUGGAUCGCCUUGGUGGCCCACGGAGGCUGCCACUUGAAGGACAAAGUCGCCAACGCAGCGAGGAGGAAAGCGGCCGCCGUGGUCAUCUACAACGAGCCUCGGUUCGGCAACUCCACUCUGACCUCUAUGUCGUACCUCGGUACUGCCAAUACAGUUGUAAUUAUGGUUGGGUAUCCAAAAGGAAUGGAGAUCCUGGAGCCAGUGCUAAGAGGAAUUCCAGUGAAAAUGACUAUUAGUGUUGGUAAACAACAUGUACAAGAAUAUAUCAGUGGACAAUCAGUUGUGUUUGUAGCAAUUGCAUUUAUCACAAUGAUGAUUAUAUCUUUGGGAUGGCUUAUAUUUUUUUAUGUACAACGUUUCCUCUAUACUGGAUCACAGUUUAGAAACCAGGGUCAGAGAGAAGAAACAAUUAAAGCAAUUGCUCAGCUGCCACUCUAUAUUGUAAAGGAUGAAGAUAAGUGUUGGGCCAUUGACACAGAAAAUUGUGCUAUAUGCAUUGAAAACUAUAAAGCAAAGGAUAAUAUUCGACUUCUGCCUUGCAAACAUAUCUUCCAUAAACUCUGCAUUGAUCCCUGGUUGUUGGAACACAGAACAUGUCCAAUGUGUAAAUUAGAUGUCAUCAGAGCACUAGAAUAUUGGGGAGGAUCUAAAAAAGUAUUUGAUGUUGCAGUGUCUGAAUCAGUGAGUUGUAACAUAACAACUGGGAACUGGAAUAUUUCUGUGGAAGAAGACAGUAAUGAAAGAAGUGGCUUAUCAGCAUCUUCUGCUAACUCAUCUGCAUUAAAUAAUAAUGUUUUAAAAGAGAAUCCAUGUGAAACAACAGUUUUACUCGAAAUGGAGUGUGGAGAUAAUCAACAUGAUCAUUUGCCUUAUGGAUCACAACACGUUUAAUGAAAACUUGAGAAACUUGAACUGACAGUAAAAAACCAAUUUUGUUUUUUAAAAUGUUAUGGGCUUGAAUCUAGCCUAAGAAGUAUACAUUUUGUGUAAGUCUUGGUUACAAAACUCUUCUGUGUAUAAGAUACACUCGUUUGGAUUUUGAUCCAUGAGAAGAAGAAAGGAGGAAGAGAAAAAAAGUAUUUCCUAUAGAAAUGGCUUUUUUUCCAAGAUUAUCUGAGAAUGUCAGGUUGUUACUCUUAUUCCGGGGAAAAAGUUGGUUCCUUUCAUAACAUGAGGUUCCCAUCCCUUAGUUUUCUACCCCUUUGUCCCUUUAUUUAUAGCAAAGGAAAAUCUUACCAGGAAAAGAAACACAUAACUAUUUCAAAAACAUGAUUGGAAGACUAACACAAAUAAAAACAGCACAAAUAAAUUAUAUGGGAUAUAUUACACUACAUGCAAUAUAUGAAUAAUGAAUUAUUUUCUUAUAAAAUACAGCUUAGCUUAAGCAGGUAAAACAUAAGUGGUUCUAGAAGUCUUUGAUGCACACUUGCCAGGAAAAAAAAAACUUACAUGUGUAGUGCUGUACAAUUGUGUGCCAUCUCAGAUGUUUUCUGGUUUUUCUUUGUCAGAAUUCUAUACUGGAUACUUAGAGAAUUAAAUUUCUAUUUCAAUAUUCCAAAUUGGAAUAUUGCUUCAUUGGUUUAAUGUGCUAGAUAGCAGUGGUGUGCCUUUAUACAGAAAUUGGGAAGCACAAAUCCUUAUGUGUAUAACAAUCUCAGACCAUUGGAUUGCUAUCUUUUGUUGUUAUAUAUUAAAGUGCUCAAAGGGAAAUGAUGAAGUAUGUGUUUAUAGUUAUGCGUGUUCAAACCAAACUUUCUAUAAUAACCUGAAAAAAUAUGAAAUUUAUUUAAAAUUAGAAUAUCAUUGUCUGAAACAAGCUUUUUUUCCUAAAACCUAGGCUUAAAAUAAGGAGAGAAAAAUAUUUUAUUUCAUAAAGAUUUCUGAAAAACAUAUGUCCUGAAACUUUACCCUAUGUAAGAACAAACCAGAUAUAUGCCAUACAUCAGUUGUCAGUGUUAACAUCUAUAAGCUUGCAGAUGUCUUUCAAUAAAUGUUAAUUGCCAGGGUUAAACAAUUUCUCAUGUCUUCAGUGUGUACUCUGAGUUUGCCCUUCGCACAAAGUAGUAUGUUACUUGUCAGUUCUGUAGUGUCAAGGAGCUGGAACGAAGCCACUGCUUCCACAAUCUUAAGAUUCAGUCUUAAAAUGGAGUACUUGCAAUGCCCUAAGUAUCAGCCAUUUGGUCCUUAACAAUUGUUCUGCAUAAUAUUUAUCUCUGGGUUUACCCCUUUAAGAAUUUUGAAAGCAGCAUAUAAAAAUGUGCUGAAAUGGUAAACCAUUUUCCCCCAGGAUUUAUGGAUCCACAAGUUGAUUUUUAGUUGCUAAACUAUAGGUGCUUUAGCAGUCUCUCUGAAUAUGGCACCCUAAAACCCUGAGUCCUUACUUGUGGAUUAUUCAGGUAGGAUAAUUUUAGAUUUUAUUUUUUUACAGUAUAUCCAACUAUGAGUUGAAACUAACUGAAAUUUAUCUUAGAUAAGCUGCAAAUUGACUAAACGUCUAUAGAAAACUUGUAACCUGUGUGCUGCUGAGGAGUGAUGACAAUGAAAGGCCGAAUUGCAGUGCCUCUUAGCAGCUUACUCUCGAGGCAUGAUGACAAAGCUCCCGAAGCGACCUUUUUGUCUGACCUUGGCAGCGCUGUAAGAAGAUAAAACAUUGUAUGAUCCCUGCAGGUAGUCUUUUUCUAAAUGAUUACAAAGUACAGACAGCUGUUGCAUUCAGGUACAAGAUAAACCAUGCAGCCUUGUACUUGAUGCUUCCUCUGCCCAGAAUACAGAGACAUCUCAAUAGAAUCACUGCUAAUAAAUGAACCAGUAUAUAAUUCAAACCUUUUCCCUAUGUUGUUGAAUGUUUUUCUCUGUCUGCUUGUUUUAAAAUAAUCUCCCUAGGAGCAGGUUCUGAUACUGGCAAGUUUCUUGUUCUUUUGCUGUAUUUAUCAUUAUGCCAUUUUAAAGAUUCUGUUGACUGUAUUCACAGGUUCUGUUAAGGACUAAGGAACAAGAGUUUGAGGUUGUUUCAUGCAUAAAAUUAAAAUUUUUAACUACUUUAUAUUACCAUUUUGCAGGGGAAUAAUAAUUCCUUUCUCUUGUUCCCAGCCUUUAGUUUUUCAGGGAUCUAGAGAAAAUUAGUGAAAAUAAGCCCAAUUCCCCUUUCUGUCAAAAGAAAUACAUCUUUACAAAACUUAAAGUUUACUGACCACAGGAUAUUUUUAUAGAUAAGCUAUUGCUUUCAGUAAGUAUAUCACAAAAUAAAUGUUUCUGCUAACCUUGUUGCUAUAUAUAAAAUAGGUAGGAUUCUCACUGAGAUAUUCCUCAGUCUGCCCUAGAACACUCUGCAGUGCAUCACCAAUUUA